UCUUUUUUAUCUCUGUGGCUGAGGAAAGAAGCUCAGCCUUUGCUGAUCACACAGUUUCAGGCAACCACAGCACCCAUCAGUGCUUGCAGCUGAGCCACUCUUGUCUAGGUGCAUCCCCCCGCUUGCCAAAAUGCCAUCACCUUUUCCAUCCUCUCCCCUGUCCCACCUCCCUAGUAAAAAAAGAAAAAAAAAUCCCCUCUGCAAGCCAGCAGGGGUUAAUGUUGUCAGCCAUGACGUCAGGAUCCCAAUUUGCCCGGAGAGUCCCCCUCCCCAUCCACAAACUUCCUCUCUCCUCCCCUCCCGUUGUGACUUUGCAAUGAGCAGCAAAACUCCACAGGAGCUGCGGCAACAGCACUAGGGAGACAUCCAGUCCUCCCUCGGAGAGCAGCUCUUUCCACAGACAGGAAUUUAUUUUUUUUCUACACAUGCAUAUAUGUAUUUAUUUAUUUACUGGGUUGCAUUUGGUUUUCCCUUUUUUUAACCCUUUGAGAAAACCCCCAAACCAUCCAAGUGAGGAGCCUGAGAUUUCCCUAAAAUAAAAAAACAGCACAGUGGGGUUAGGUUGCUUCCCCUUCCCCCUCGGAAAAUAAAGAGGGAGGGGGGAGCAAGUAGGUAAAAUCCAGAAUAAAAUCAUAUUGCUAGAUAACUCACACCUCCCCCCUCACACACACACACACACUCUCUUUCUCCUCCUCCUCUUCUCUGAAGGUGGGUAGCAGGAGCCAUGCAACAUCUGCAGAACCGGAUGGCAAAAGAGCAGGAGGAAAAAUAAUCCAAGUGGAGUGCUCAGGGGACACCGAGUUCUUUUUUCUUCUUCUUUUUUUUUGUUUUGUUUUUUUUUUUUUUUUCUUCUCCUUCUUCUGUGUACCUGUGAGAUUCAAUUUCACAUUUUGCUGAGCCCAUUUGGGGGCAUUUUAUUUUUCUUUCUCUUGGGAUUUUCUCCAUUACCAGAGGAUGUCUCUUGUUGAGAGGAUGCUGAAAGGAAGAAGAAACGAAUUCUUUGACUGGCACUGAAGGAGGGGGGGGGGGAUAUUUUUCCCCCACAUUUUUUAGGUUUUUUCAUUAUUCUUUUUCUCUAGGAAAUCAUUAGCUGGGGGGGUUGGUUUCUUUUUUCCCUCCCCCCCUUUUUUUGGAGGGGGAUUUCAGAAGAUCCAUCCUUCUUUCCCCUCCCCUCCAAAGAUUUUUUUUUAUCCUUCGUCUUUGUGGAAAUGUGGACAUUUCAGGCAGACAGAUUGAGUGGAAUUGUCUCUGCUUUAGCAGCUCUUUGUCUCGCCUGCUGUGCGCAAAGCCCAUCCACUGGGAAUAUUUCUGUGGUGAAAGAGAUUGUGGACAAACUGCUGAAGGGCUAUGACGUCCGCCUCAGACCUGACUUUGGAGGUAACCCCGUCACAGUGGGAAUGAGCAUCCAUAUCUCCAGCAUUGACCAGAUCUCUGAAGUCAACAUGGACUAUACCAUCACCAUGUACUUCCAGCAGAGCUGGCGGGACAAACGCCUGGCGUACAACGACCUUCCUCUCAACCUGACCCUGGACAACCGGGUGGCUGACCAGUUGUGGCUGCCUGACACCUAUUUCCUGAAUGACAAGAAGUCCUUUCUGCAUGGGGUGACAGUGAAGAAUCGCAUGAUUCGGCUCCAUCCUGAUGGGACUGUCCUGUAUGGCCUGAGGAUCACCACCACGGCCGCUUGCAUGAUGGACCUGCGGAGGUACCCCCUGGACCAGCAGAACUGCACACUGGAGAUCGAGAGCUAUGGUUACACGGUUGAUGACAUUGUCUUCUUCUGGCAAGGAAAUGAUUCUGCUGUCACAGGGAUGGAGGUGCUAGAACUGCCCCAGUUCACCAUUAUCGAGCAGAGGCUCGUCAGCAGGGAAGUGGUCUUCACCACCGGUUCAUACCUGCGCUUAUCCUUAAGUUUCCGGAUUAAGAGGAAUAUCGGUUACUUCAUCCUGCAGACUUACAUGCCCUCUAUUCUCAUCACCAUCCUGUCCUGGGUCUCAUUCUGGAUCAAUUACGAUGCUUCUGCUGCACGAGUGGCACUGGGGGUCACCACGGUACUUACAAUGACUACCAUCAACACCCAUCUGCGGGAGACUCUCCCCAAGAUCCCUUAUGUCAAGGCUAUUGAUGUUUAUCUCAUGGGCUGCUUUGUCUUCGUGUUCCUGGCACUCCUGGAGUAUGCUUUUGUCAACUACAUAUUCUUUGGGCGAGGCCCCCGGCAGCAAAAGAAACAGAGUGAACGGAUCAGCAAGGCCAAUAAUGAGCGCCACCGUUAUGAGGAGAAGAGGGUGAGAGAGCAGGUUGACCCGUAUGGUAACAUCCUCCUCAGCACUCUGGAGAUGAACAAUGAGCUGCUGGCCACGGACAUGAUGAGCAGCGUUGGUGACUCUCGAAACUCUGUCAUGUCCUUUGAAGGGUCAGGAAUCCAGUUCCGCAAGCAGCUGGCCUCUCGGGAUGGAUUUGGUCACCACCCAACCCUGGACCGCCACGUCCCCCUGACCCACCAUGCCGCAGCCCGCAACCGUGCCAACUGCCGUCUCCGCCGGCGGUCAUCUAAGCUGAAGCUCAAAAUCCCAGACCUGACAGAUGUCAGCACCAUUGACAAGUGGUCACGAAUCAUUUUUCCAAUCACCUUUGGAUUCUUCAACCUUGUUUACUGGUUGUACUAUGUAAAUUGAUGCCUGCAGCCUCCGAGAGAGAUAGGGACAGACACUCAGACAAUGACAACACAGGGGUGUUGUGGUCUUUUGGGUUUGGGUUUUACUCUUUACUAUCAUUAUCAUUUAUUCCUUUGAUUCAUUAGAUUUAUUCUAAGCUUACUCUUCUCUUUUCAGCACAUUUAGAACCACAGAGUGUGGGGGGCAGUAAGGGAGAAAGGAAAGGUAUAUGGGAGGGGGUUUUGUUUAAGGGAGGGAUGUGUUUGUCUUGAUUUUGGUUUCCUGCUGAAGGACUUAAACUGUUGUAAAAAAAAAAACAAAAACAAAAACAAAAAACCACCACAAAAAGAAAAAGAAAGGAAAAUUUAAAAAAAAGAAAAAAAUUACAGAAAAAAAGGAAAAAAACACACACCAAAAAAAACACAAAAAAAGAAAAGUUAAAAAAAAGGGGGGAGGGUGAUUUAAAGGAAUUGAGUCAAAAACUUGUGGGGGAAUAGGUUAUCUUUGGCUGUGCUCACUAAUGCGCUAUCCUCACUUCCAUUUCACUACUGAACUUCAUCUUUCUCUUCUCAAUAUUAUUAUAUUUUUUAAUCUUUCUUCUGUCACUGCGUUUAACCCCUUCAUGUUUAUUCUUUCAUGGAUUCAUGAGAUGGUGGGGGUUCAUUCUCAUGCUAUGAGAUUUCUCUUUUCUUUUUCUCUCUCCCUCUCUCUUGCUUACAAGCCUAAAAGAAUCUUUUAAACCAACAAAUAAAAAGAAUAUUUAUUUUGGAAGAGCUGGGCAGGGGGGAGGACAAGGCAAUUAUUUGGGAGGGAAGGGACAAUGUGGGGUUAUGGGAGUGGGGGGAGGAGGGAGCUUAUCAAAAACAAAGGCACAUUUGCAAGUUGCCUUUUUCCACCUUCAGGAUUUUGCAAGCUGUUUUUCCUGUAUGAAUGUGUGUGUGUGUGUGCAGCGCAUCUGUGUGUGCGUAUGUGCGCGUGUGUGUAGGUAUGGGUGUGUGUGUGCAAGCAUGUUUUCUGGGUAGGGGAGCUGGGGAGGGGGGUUUUGUAAUGUCUUUUGUAGAAAGAGAACACAGAUGACAUUUAACCGGCAUUGGGGGUAAUAGCAGGGCUUUGUUUGCUCAUUGCAACUUUGCGAUCUUGGAGAUCGGAGUCCCAGCUUGUAUUAGAGACAGAGCUGGGGAGGUAGAUUGUGCAAAUAUAUUCUUGCUGAGGAAAGAGAGGGUUUUGGGGGUCAGCAGAGGGACAGUGCUGCUGUUCACCAUUGGCAUCUGAUCUCUACUAGACCAAGCUGAUUCAGUCCUGAAAGGAGGGGCUGUUCCUAAUCAUUCCCACCCUUCAUCUUUCUUACUGAGUUUGGGGAGAAAAGCAGUUGCAGGACUCUGAAAACUCAACCUUUCCCCCUCUUUACCUGUUCCUUGUGCCAGACAAGGACUUCACACUCCAACCCUCUGAGUGACCAUAGCCUAUGUCGAGGUGCAGGAGAGGGUGGACAUCAUUUAACUUCAUUGUGCUUCAGGAUGAAAAAAUCCAGAAAUUAUAACUAUCCCCUUUCCUAAGAAGUUCAGAAGCAAAUGGUGGGCUGGCACCCUCUGAUCUGUACUGCUUCUAUCAGGCCUUGCUUUAUGUCUGUUAAUCCAUGUAGAAUGUAGAGAAGAGCACCCUGUGUCCCUUCUUGCAGAAGAUGUAACUAAGGAUGCAGUAGAGUUGCAUGGAGAUGGAAGAUGAUGGUCUUCAAAGACUGGGCAGGGUGAAGGUUGCAAUGGAAGUGCUGAGCUUGCCAGUGCUUGUGGAAGCCUCUUAGUCUGUAGCAGCUUCCACCCACAGGCAUUCAUUAUAAAGGUUCAGAAGGGUAACUUGGCCUUGGACAGCAAGGUCAACUUUUUCCAAAGGAGCCGGUGACUUUCAGGAAAAUCACUGAAUUAUUGGCCACUUUGGCAAUCACUGAUGAUUGAUAAUCUCCCUUAUAUUAUUAAUAAAAGCCAUGAAAAUAAUAAAUCCACAAGUGCAAAACUUUAACCCUAGGGUCAUUCUGCCAUUCCUGGAGUAAUGAUGAGAACCUUGUUCUUACCUGAUGGAGGUUUUUACAUGCCACACACACACACACACACACUGCCUUGAAUUCAACCACCCCUUUAUUUUCCUGCUAGCAUUCUCUUCCUUUUUCCUUUACUCCCAUUGCUUGGGAGAGCAGAGUGAUCCUCUGAGACAAGGGAAACUCCUGUUUUUCAGACAACAGAUGCAUCUAAUGCACAUCUUUUAAUUCACUAAUUUAUGUCUGUACAGUACUCUGAAAAUGUAAAUCACUAUAGGCCUGACCUACUAACACCGAAGUCAUGGAAAGUUUUGCCUUGGCUUGGAUGAAGUGGGAUCAGGGCUCAUCAGAGUAAUAAAUAUUGUUAUUUUUAUAUCAGUAAUGUGUCUUAUGCAUUUUCCACUACUAGAAUCCUAAGCAUAAAAGUAGAGCAUCCAUCCUUCUCAAUUGCCCCCAAUCUGUCUCCCUCUCUCAUGUUCAUGCAUGCACAUAUUUGGUCCAGGCCUCCCUGGACUCACCAAGGUUUUAGCACAAUUUUUAAAUCAGACUUAGAUUCCCAGCUACUCUGCAGAGCAGUCUCUUGCUGGUUUCCACAUUCAAGAGCGAUGCUAUUGAAAAUGGGUUUUCCCAAUGUUAUUGCAGUUUAUGGUCUAGGUGGGUCUGUAUAGGAACGAGUCUGAAGAGUGAAGGGAGCUGGGUGAUAGGGCUGGAUCAGGUAGUUCUGUCUAUCCGAUACGCAUUAAGUUAAAGCUUGGCCAAUGGAGAAAGUUAUGCUUUCUACUAGGAUUCCCUUUGGAAAUGGCUUUUAAAUGUCUUAAUGGAAGUCAUAAAGUUGUGUUGUAGGAUAUGAGCAGUAUAACGUAGGUGGAUAUAUGCAUAUCAGAUGACUGCAGUUCCCAGACGGAGGCUGCCUAUCAGCAGGUUCAGUAUUUAAGGGGAAUCUAACCAGCUGAUUGAUGAUUAAAUAAAAUAUCUAAACACCUACCCUUUAUGUAUGUGAUUGCAAAGUUAAGGGUGGUCAGGACAAUAAAAGGGAAAAAAGAGGCAGUUAUAAGAAGCCUAUUAAAAUUGGAGGGAGAACAAAUGGUCAUGUGGUAAGAAAUUAUGAAGCUGAGGGAGAUGACUCAGGAAUUCCAGUAAUCUGAUAGUUGUAGUAAAAGCCUGACAAAUAUGUGGUAUGAGUUAGGCACCUGAGAGCUCUCUCAGCUGGUCCCAAAGACUGGCAAAGGCACACAGAUGAUGCAAAACCCACCUAUGCUCUUUGCUGCUCAGAUGCUGGGUCCCACACAGAGUGGGAUCCUGACUGACCCCAUCCAGCACCCUGCAGGCACAGCCCAGGACCUCCAGCAGCUGGAGAUCAGGCACAGGGGACUGUGUUUGAUAUUUGAGGCUUCAGUCAGAGACUGAGCCCAGAAUUUCAUAGCAACAAUCCAAAAGCUUUCCAGGGAAAAAGCACUGCUCAGCUGAUUUCUUCACCCGCUGGGACUGGGAGCCAGACUCCUUUGCUGUUGCCUCGGUUCUCUGUUGGCUGGGUUCUCUUUCUUAUCAGGAAUCAUCCUAGUUUCUCUCUUGAAUGUUUCCGACCUGGUAUUAUCAGGUCAGUUUUACUUCAUAGAGUCAGUCUUAGUAUAUCCAGACAUCUGGACUGUUUGGUCCUACAAAAUAAUCUUUGCCAAAGAGUGUGCGGUCAGGACUUUUCACAGUUCAGGAACUGCCUUAUAAUUUCUGGUGAUGGGGCAGAAUGCUGGAAAACAACUGAGUGUCCUGUGAGUCAGAUGAGUAGUAGGAAAUGUGUUCCCAUACAGGCAUGAGGAAAGAAUGCUGAAGGCCUUUAGAAAUGCCCUCCUCCAGGACCAAGGUGGCACCUCCGUUUUCCCCCUCCAUAGCCAUCUGUGUCCAUCCCUAAGAAAGGCCCAUGUCUUGUUUUGAGGUCCAGUGAUCCAGAAAGGAGAUAGUGGAGAAAAAAAGGUAUUUUAAUCAUACUCAAGGCUCAGAGGUUUCAAGACAUCACAAGCAUGAGGAAAGGAAAGGCACAAACAUCUCAUGCAGUGGGUACAAACCUUGUGUUAUUGGAAAGGUGGAGGGGAUUUCCAUACUGCAGCUUGUGUGCCCCCUGCUGCCCACCCUUUCUUCACAAGGGAGAGCAGUGGGGAAAGGGGGCGGAAAGAAUGUGAGCGUUGUUCCAAAGUGGAACUUCUGACUUUCGUUGCAGUGGCGCAGGAGGCAGUUCUGAUCGGGGCGUGGUGUUUGCAGCUUGGGGCAGGAUUGCUGCUUGCUGGGACGUAUUUUUUAAGCAGAGACUGCAACACGAGUGUAAGGAACAGUCCAGGCUGCCUGAGGAAGCUGGGCUGGGGGAUAAUGUUUUGUACCUUUCCCAUGCAUAACAGCCUAAGACAAGCAUGUGGAGGAGGAGGAGAAAUAGAAAUGAAAUCUCUCUCAGGAUAUACAUGGCCAACGCAACUCUAUCGCUUCAUUUUCUGAUACUGUAUAGUGCUGUCACUCAGGGACCUUUAGGAACUAGGACCUUGGGACUGUAAUCCUACCUGUUCCCCUCCUAUCCCCCUUGAGUAUUAAGAACUGAAGAGAGAAUGAGAGAAAGAGCAAAAGAGGAAAAUAAGAGCCCUGGUAGCAAACCUCUGCUACUCCAUGGGUGAAAGUAAAGCUUUGGUUACUAAGGUAAAAGGAAAAUGUAUACCUUUAUAUCCAUGUCUUCAAGCAUAAACCAGCCCGUAGUGUAUAUAGGAUAAGUUCACAGUGCAUGAAACAAACAGGACAGUAGGUCUUAACUGGCAUCCAGCUUUCUUGCAUGCACAUCUGACACCACGCCAGCAGCUUAUGUCUUGCAAAUAAGUAGGGAACCUGCCAAGGCUUGGCACUUCCUCUGUCCAACGGACAGCACAUCCACUUCCCAGAAACAGCCAUGCAGGGAACUGAUCUGGCCUGUCUGUUUGACCAGAUCUGCUCCAGAGGCUCUGGCAGAAGGAGAUAAGGGGUGGGGCAGGGAGUUGGUUUUAUUAUUUUCUUUUUUGUGGGGAGGAGGAAGGGGUUUUAAAUCUCUGAGCUGUUAUCAGGAAGAAGAGAAACCUCUGGAGCUGCAGACCAAAGGACAGUGGCUUUAGGGAAGGUAGUUACUGAAAUUUUUUUGGAGAGGAUGGGAUGAGGAGGAGGUGGUUGUUGGGAGAGAGCUGUAAAUUCAGAAGCAGAGAAAAUAGGGAAGAGGUAGUGAAAAUAUAUGUGCAAUACAAUAGGUUUGCAGGGACUAGAGCACUGAAAACCGGGGACCACCACUGAGUCAGACAGGCUGGGUGCAGCUGCAGGCAGCACUCAAGGAAACCCAGCCAUGGCAGCAGUCCCCAGCGGGCAGAGACUGAGGUCUCUGGGAGAUGGUGAGGACAGGAAGGGAAGAAAUAGGGUGAGACCAAUGGUGCUCUGCCAUCAGUAUAAGCUCAGUCCCUUUAGGCAGGGACAAUCACUUGCAUCUGGACAAUGUUGCAGGAGCUGGGCUGGGAUGUGCAGGGGAGCGACUGCCGUGCCAAGCUGGGGCAACAGCUGAGCUCUGCCCUGGUGUCAGAGAUCAGAGCCAACUGGGCAAGAAAUGCCGUGCGGGUUACCAAAUGCUUUCUUGGAGAUGAGACUGGGCUUACCAAGCAGGGUGGGAUGUCUUUACAGUAGACAUAGAAAUUGGGUCGGGGGCAUGGGUCAGGUGAGAGAUGUGAAACCUAACACAGAUGCUGGGAGGGAGGGAAGAGGGUGGGAGCGAGGGAGGGAGGGAGGGAGGGAGGGAGGGGAGACGGAGACUGGGGAGGAGAAGAUGUAUAUAGUGUUGGGGCCUGGGUUUUAUUUUUCAUUUGGUUUUGUUCUUUUCUUUUUUUUUUUUUGAAAAAAAAAAAACCUGUUUGAUUUCUUAUGUCUUGUUGUAAACCAAAUAAAAAUGGUUCUGUACAUUCAGAAGUAAAAAACAGCUGAAAGGUGACAAGUGUAAUAAAGAAGCACUGUCCUCCAGGCUGAUACUAUAACGCAUUUCCCCAGACUUUUCCAACAGGGGUUGGAGGGCAAACCUGUGCCUGUGCCUGCAUGGAGGUGCAGCCUACCGGGAUGGUGACCUUAGGGCUGGCUCCCUGAUCCACCUCCAAGCACACUAAAGAAGAGGUGGGCAGUAGAGGUGGAAGUGAUGGUAUGUAAAUAACUUUUCAGUGUUUGAUCCUACCGUCUGUGAGGCCAAUGGGAUGAGGCUGUGUAUUAGACCCUAACCUUUUGUGCACAUGGUCUCUUCCUGGAGAGCUAACCUGCACUAUGCCUUACCGUAUCUUGGGAUGUAGUGAAGGAGGUGAAGACAAUAUCAGGAAUCACUUGCAAAAAUGAAGUAAUGCAGAUGGAGUAAAGGCAGUAUGAGCCUGAAUGUCUUUGAGAAGCUGCUGUUGAUGCUGCUGCUUUUUGCCCUGUGACUUAGUCUAGGGUGACAAGUGCUAGGAAAUGUGCAGCUGCUCAGAAGAUGUAGAAAGAAAUCACUCCAUGUGAAAAGAUUUAUCUUAAGACCCUUUGCAAUUCAAUAGAACCUUGCCUGUGGGUUCCUGGUUGUUUGUGAAGGAUGAGUUUGGAAAAGAGUGCAAAGUAGGGACCUUGUGUUAAGUUUAGUUGUCUGUUUAGUGGCCAUUGGUCUUGCAGAGACAAAUUCUUCAAAAGAAGUACAGCUCAGAAGUACAAAUGAGUGGGCUCAGGUGUAGGACAUAGAUUGAAUUUGGACUGAGGGACACCUGGUUUCCAUGCAGCUCCCAGCUGGCAGAAAUGAGUAAUGGGGAAUGCCAAGGAUGAUGAUGGUAGUAGGUCUGACACAUAUGGGUAACCCUCUGUGUUUCAGUCCACCUUUGCCUAGCCUGGGAGGAGUGUCAAGGGUAAAAAGCAAUAUGAGAAAUUGCCUCUCUGUCUUAUCUUAUGUUUAGUCCUUUGGAAAAGCAGAGGACAGUGUUGCCUCCAUGGGGCAGAAUUGUGGCUUCCUUCUGCAGCUUGGCCAAUGAACAUUGUGUUGUUUGUGUUACUGCAGCGAGGCUAAAAGAAAAAAGACUUUAUGUGGAAGGUAAACCAAAGGGAAGCCUCAAUGGCCUUAGGAAAGGCCAUUCUUCAGCAGUAACAAUUCUCUCCAUUGCAGCUGCCACUGCAGCUAGAGUGCAUCAGUAUGGUGCAGCCACACAGCCCUGACUCCACCAUUUCUGCUGAUGAUCAGGCCAAGCAGGACUGGUGGGUAAGCAACGAUCCGUGUUUUGCAGAGACAGAACAAAGAGGAGUUGCGUGAGCCUGAGCUCCUGCACCCCAUUGUGCUCUAGACUAGAAAACCCUGGACAAAAUACUGUCCCUUCCUCCAAAAAGCUUAUGCUGUCAUCAUCCUACUCUAGAGACAAUGGACCCAAACCUCCCAUUCUCAGCUCCAUGCUGUGGGCUGCCUGGUCCCAUCUAAGACAGCCAGAUCUUGCUAGUGCCACAGGCAGAAAGCGCUUACAGAGUAAUAUUGAAUAUGUGUAUGACAAACUGGGGAGAUGAGAGGAGGCAGACCCGUUUGUGAUACAGGGAUGCACAUUUUAUCAUUUGCACAGGCUGGGCUUGGCAUUUAUACCGGCAGACUUUUCCCCCAGAAAGGAUGAGAUAGCACAGUGGUGAGUAACAUUAUUUUUUUGAAGCGGGUGAUGAUUUUUCCUCCAGUAUGUGUUUUAAACUGUAGAUCAGUAUUGGUUUGCCUUCUGUAAAGGUUAAUGCUUCCCAGCUCUCAGUGCUAUGCCAGCUGAAUGAUGUGGGGCAGCUCCAGGGUUAAUUGCCAUAUUCAGUUAAAUGCUGGGUCCAGGUCUUAUCUGGGGACCUUGCUGGGCAUCCGGUAGACAAAGCGUCCAGGCAGGAAGGUCAAAGAUCUUUUCACUGAUUUUCCCACACCUCUGGACAUGUCUUUGACCACAGUGUGCUUCACUAGAUAUGGUGUCAUGUGGCUUACGCUGCUCAGCUGCACAGACAGCCCUGGCACUCUGAGCCUGGUGGGGAGGGCUUGGGGACCACAAGGCUGGGAGAAGCCAGGCCAGCAGGGAAGGAAAACGUGACUGCCUUUAUUGUGAUACCAGUGCUGCUUGGGGACUGAGACAAGGGGCAGUGGCCUGUUUUUCAGCAUCAGGAAUGCCCUGUCUCAGGUUAGCAGAGGCAUUUCUCUCUGUGGUGAAUCUCAAUUCUCCCCUGCAGAGAAAGGAACCGACACUGCCUCUUCACUGACAGAUGCUCUGCCCUACACUGGGAUGGACUCUCGAAGCCACUCAGUCCUUGAGCAGGUCCUCUUUAUUUUUACGGGUGGUGCAUUUGGUUGGUUUCUUCUUUCUCAUCACCAUCCCCUGACUGAGCCCAGGGCCACUAAGCUUGUGCUGCUGCAGCACCAAGCCUUGCCGAGGCAAUGGCUGUUCCCAACGAGACCAGAGGGUCUCAGUGGUGAGUGCAGGAGGUGAGCAGGUAACUCCUUACUGCAACGGUGGCAGUUGCACAAUAUCAUGACGUGUCAGGUGGGAGGCCAAAGAGGAGGUACACCUCGUGAGGGAGCUGGCACUAGCAUAGCUGGCAAUGCUUAACCUUGUUUCUCCAGAGGCAGUGGCUCACAGGACAUGAAGUUCUGGAGACCGCUGUGCUACCUGCCUCAGGGACAUCUGGGGACCCAUCAGGGGUGUUUUGAACAGGUAUAUAUUUUUUCCUAGUGCAGCUUCCAGGUUGUUGUCAGAGAUCUCACCAGCCUCAUGCCCCAUGAAUUUGGAGACAGAGAGAAGGGAGGCCUGUCCCAGAGACUCUCACAGACAGAAAAUGGACAGAAAUCCCUGAGUUUCAGCCCCCAAGGCUAGGUGAUGGUGAAGGAAGGGGUUAACAAGGGAGGUGAGGUUGCCCCAACCUUCCUCUCUCCCAUUUCAAUCACACUUAAGCAAGAAGGGCAUGGGGAAAGCAGAGAAACAUGGUGGGAUUAAACCCACACAGUACCCCAGUCCAGCAAAGCCCCAUCCCUUGCUCAAAUCUGAGCACAGGAACAGUCCUGACAACUGUGCAUCUGCUUAAAAUCAUACCUGGAUCUGACAGCUUCACUAGGUUCGGGUCAGUGUGCUUGACAGACCAAAAAGGAAGAUUCUCAGUGAGGAACCCCCUAGAAAGGCUCAGCAGUUGUCACAGAGAAGAGUUUCUAACAUCUGGAAGGACAAACAGCUAGAUGCUGGAGAAGAAAGUGGAAAAACUGGGAAUAAAGGAGAGCCUCAAGAGUUACCCAGAAAAAAAAUCUCAUCUGUUGGAAGUACACAUGACCCUGGUGGCAGGAUCGCUGUCUGGUCUGUGGUAUUUUUCCUUUCCAUUGCCUGGCAUGUCAUAAUAUUGUGUCUUUGUGUGAAAUCACAUCCCUGUUCAGAAGAUAAACUGGUUUCUAAAGGACAAAUGCCCACUCACCAUGUGCUCACCAAACGGAUGUUAUACCAAUAGGUAUGAAAGCAAACAAGAUUAGACCUCUAAGGCUGGGGCAUCCUUCCCAGGAAAAUCUAGACCAUUUAUGACAAUAUAUCGUCCUCUCAAACUGCACCCAUCCAUCUUCCUCUCAAAGAUGAAGAAGCGGCAACGUCUUCUCGAACUGGGGACAUCUUAUGUGGCCUGAAAUUCAGACAACGAGCAGAACAACAGUAACAACAGGACAGGGAGAUCAAUGGCAAUGGCAAUGUAUACUGUCAAAGGGACUGCUGUGAACCACCUUAACAUACCCUGAGUGGCUGCGUUGCAUCCUGUACAGUGUUACAAAAACAAAACAAAACAAAAAAACCCAGAACAAAAUACCCAUUUUUAUGAUCUUUAAUUUGCAUUUUCUGCAUGAAUAAGACCUUGAUCCAUGUCUUUUUUCACAAAAGCAGAUUCUGCUUUAAGUAAUGUAAAAAAAAAAAAAAGGGAAAGAAAAAUAAUGUUUCUAGCAAAGUGAUUUAGAUGUAGAAAUUUUUGUAAAAAACAAAAAAAAAAGGAAAAAGAAAAAAAGGGAGAAACAACAAAGAAAUAAAAUAAAAUGACCUAAAGAGCCAUCUUUGUCUACUCUAGAGGUGGGAAGGUGUGACUGGUGGGUGGCACUCUCUGCUCUCGGAGCCAUCCCGUGUCUGUCGGAGAGGCGCCAGAGGGCUCCCGGAGGGUGUGCUCACCAACCACUGCUGGGUGCUUUCAAAAACUGUCGCCUUCAUCUUCCUGUAGGGAGUGUGGGCAGGAGGGCAGGGGAAGCGUGGGAAGGGGCAAGGAGAGUUGCUUUGAUUUUAUUUUUGGGUUUUGUUUGGGGUAUUUUUGUUCCUGCAGUGACAGUUUUUGAAAGGUGAUGAUGAACAAAAAUAGAAACAAACUUGAAAAUAGUUUACAAUUUUGUACAAACCAUUAUAAAUACUGACAAAUGUUUUUAAAAAUAAUCCGUACCAGUUCCAAAAUAAUGUAAUGUGAACAUUAAUUUCUUCUUUAUUUUUCUUUUUUAAAAAAAAGGGUGUUAAAACACAAAAAAAUUUCUUUUUUAACAAAUGCUGUAUGUGGACAUAAAUGUACUUGAACGCUGUUAAUUAUUAAUUGGAUAGGAAUCUUCCUUGGGCUUUUGGAUUUGCUUUUUUUUCCCCCCUACCCAAAACAAAAGUAACACUUAUAAAAUACAGCCUUUAAAGGAGAAACAGUCAACUUUUUUCUCUGCUGGUACAUGUUUCCGUUUUCAAGGCACUGUCUUUAGGCUGAAAUUGUAUUACUGGCCUCUGAAAAGCAACUCAACCUUACCAACCAGAGGACUUAAACUUGUCCCUAACUUUAAACAUAACUGUAGUGGUGCCAUUUAAAAUGUGUGACCAAAGGACUUUGCUAAGGCUUAAGCAAGGAAGCAAAGUUUUCUGCACAUCCAAGCAUUCUGCUGGCCUGAACCAAGAGCUGGGAUACACACAAGCUCUACGGCACUGCCCAGAGCAGAGGGGAAAAUUAGAAUAAAUCCCCAGUCUUGUUUUUCUACCAUAAGGUGAGUAACUAACUUUGGGGAACAAAGACCAGAGGUUGCAUUUCCAAAGA